UUCAGAAGUCCGUCCGUCUCGUUCGAAUUCUCUGAACACCUGGGGGCGUCUUCCUCACCACUAGCUUCCGUUCCUGGACCUCGGAGCCGGAUCGGCGUGAAAAGCGGGGCUUCUCGGCCGAGACGCCCCGCUUUUCCUCGGAGAUUCAAAGCUGACACGCCGUUAUCUCGCGUCCGUUACUGAAUGAUUGAUUUGACUCGUAAUAAAGACCAGAGAACCCCUCACCAGACAACAUCGUCUCAAACGCGGGUUCUGGCUAGCAUUGGUUGCUUCGGCCCGACACUAGUCAGCUUGUACUCGCUACCAGAGAAUAUAAGCACGCUUCCUUUUCGUUACUUCUGUCAGCACCAGCAUAGCUGCUAGUUUCUUGCUUUUUGUAUAACGUCCAAUGCCUCGUUGCCUGGUUCGCCUGUCCUAGCUGACCUCGUCGAUUCGAAGCAAACGAUACGAUGGAGAAGGGACGCAGCUCGGUAGCCCUGCCGCCGCCGCCGCCGCCGUCGUCUCCGCCGGGGAGAAUCAGCAAGCGAUGGGUGCUUGUCGGCGCACUCGCUCUGAUCGGACUUGGUCAUCUACAUUCUCCCCAACCUCGAUUGCAAGCAUGGCAGCGCCACAGGGGAGGUCACAGUCGCACGCAUAACUCGGCACCUGCAGGAGACUCCCCCUUCGGCCAGUUUCCUCUUCCCAAGGACCCUUUCCGCUUCAUCCCUUGCACCAACGCGUCCGUUCCCCCGCCGCUCGACGACCCUCACCCCGAGCAGACCUGGGCGGCGCUUUUUGACCCGGACCCAUCCAAUUGGAGCUGGGGCAACAAAAGCGUCUCCGUCGACUCGGAUGACGACCCUUACGCCGGCCGCGGCAUUUACCUCUGCGGCUACUUGAAUGCGCCUCUUGACUAUACCAACGCGUCAGAGAGCCGAGUCGUCCGGCUGGCCGUUACAAAGUAUCAGGUCUCCGGGCUGGCCCGCGUCGGUGAACCCGCCGAUGACGACAAGAACCCGGUGCCUGGCGCCAAGAGCGAGCGCACCAUCGUCAUUGAGCCCGGCGGACCGGGCGGCAGCGGAACCUCGUACGCGUGGAGGGCUGCGGAGCAAGUCACCCAGCGUUUCAGUGACAGUACCUUUGACGUCCUGGGCUGGGAUCCGAGAGGAGUCAACAUCACUCGACCGUCCAUCUCCUGCUUCCCUUAUGACGUUGACCGUGAUCACUGGUCGCUCGUGACCGGGCAGUACCUGGAGGUGUCCGAUGUCAAGCGCCAGCUCAACAUCGCGGAUGCCAUGAAUGACGCGACGUUCAAGGCGUGCUGGGAACUUCACGGGGACUUGGGUCGUUUCCUAGGCACCGGACUCGUCGCGCGCGACAUGGAGGAGAUCAGGAAAGCGCUCGGCGAGGACGAAUUGACGGGCUACCUCGUCAGUUAUGGCACCGGCAUCGGGCAGACGUAUGCGAACCUGUUCCCGGACAGCGUCGGCCGCAUCAUCUUGGACGGAACCGAAUACGUGCGCGAUCACCGUCUUCUCGGUGGUUUCGGGUGGACUGCUCUUGACAACGCCACGGACGCGUGGCAUGAUGGUUUCCUCGGCGAAUGCAUCAACGCCGGGCCGGAACACUGCGCGCUAGCCAAGUCCAAAGACGACCAGCCGGUCGUUCUAGAGGACCUCAACAUCCGGAUGAGGUCGCUGAUAUCUUCGCUCAUCGAUCGUCCCGUCGUUGGAUACACAAACGCAUCCGGCCCGUCCAUCGUUACCUAUUCGGGCCUCGUCGCCGGCCUCUACACCUCCAUGUACAACGCCGCAAGCUGGCCGGCCCUCGCCAAAAUGUUGUACGAGCUGGAACAGGGCAACUCGACGCUGGCGACUGCGUUCCUCGAACAGAUGUCCUGGGAGUACGACCCCACGCUACCGGCCACGACCAGAAAGCGGCCCUCGUCGGAUGAGCUCGGCACCUUGGUGAUCUGCGCCGACGGAUACGACGCGCCCUUACCGCCCGACGGCCUGGACUGGUGGGCGUCGCUCUGGGCUAACAUGACGGCAAAGUCCUGGAUCUCGGGAAACUCGCGCUUCUUCAACGUCUUGCCGUGUCAGCACUUCACAAAGUACUGGCCAGAGCCCGCGGGGGUCUACAGGGGCGAUCUCAACCACACCCUCAACAACCCGGUCCUCCUCGUCGCCGAGACGUACGACCCGGCGACGCCGCUGCGCAACGGCCGCAGACUGCUGGACGAGAUGGGACGGAACGCGAGGCUGAUUGUCCACCACGGCUACGGCCACUCGUCCAGGGACACUUCCAACUGCACCAACUCGAUCGCCAAGACGUACAUCCUCGAAGGGAAACUACCCGACGAGGCUGAGACGGCGUGCUACGCCAACGAGAAGCCGUAUCUGUACGGUGUCAAGGACAAGGGCGUCGGCGUGCUAACUGAGGGGGCUAUGGAUCCUAUUGACAUGUGGCGUCAGCACCUGCGCGAGAUGGCUUUCAUGAAGUAAUGAUCCGCCCCUUGGAGUUCGCUGCUCCGCGUCGCUUGAAUAAGAGGAGGUCGUUUACGCCUUUUUGCUUUGAAACGUGUGGGCUUUGUGAACAAUGUUAUCAGACACAGCGCAGAUUUCAGUAGAAUUUGCAACUCCUGUAGGCUCUGCUUUGAGGACCCAUGGUCAACAUUGGAAGGGAAUAUGUCAAACACAACCCGAUAAACUUAAGACUAUUUUGAGGACGAGUGCAAAUAAAAACAAUGAAAAGAUUUUGAUGAAUGUGCAGCUCUUCAUUCGAC